CCUGACCCCAAUUACAUCGUCGUAGUCCUCAAACCACCUUCUCUUUCUUGCAAAUCGUAUCAUAGCCUGCUACUGAGGACAUAUCUUUCGCCUUUUGCACCAUCAUGAAGUUUGCCCUCGUCUCGACAGCCUUGACGGCAGCGGCAUUCUUGUCGCCGUUUACCAACGCUCAGGGAUACCAACAACAUGCCUACCAAGCUCCAUUACCGGUGCAUACCCAAAACGCUCCCGCUCCAGCUCCCGGAAUCGGUCUACAAGUCGCUCAGACUCUCGAAGGGAUGACCGGAUGGAAUGUGACGGGCAUGUACGCCAGAGUCAUUCGGUCGAAAGAGUUUGAUAGGACCAGGGACGAGGCGGAGGGGUUUAUCAGGCUGACGGAUAGGAAUUAUGAUUCGCUCGUGAAACAUGAGCAGUUACCAGAAGGAGGUAAAGAGCGGGUCUGGUUCUCUAUCAUACACGCCCCACCUUCAGACGUAACUUCCACCGCCUAUCUGGACGCGAUGACUAACGCCGCUCGGAUCGCCCGUUCGAACAAGACGGAUCCGCUGGAUCAUAUCAAAUGGGGAAGAAUCGAUUUCCUUACGGAGACGGAACUGGCGGCUCGUUGGCUCGUCUUUAAACCCCCAGUCUUCGUGAUCGCCACCGAUAGGGGUAAAGACCUCCGAUUCCUCACCCCGCGUAUGGUCGGUCCGAACGGUACGACGCUCGAGACGAUCAUGCGUGAGGAACACUGGAAGAAUGCACCGAUCUGGAACAGCGCCUAUGCCCCUGGUGGAAGUCGGGCGUUCAUCGUGGACUGGUACGUCAGGCUCGUCCAGCUUUGGAGUAAAUUCACGACCACGGUCCCAUCAUGGGCGUUGUUAUUCAUCAUGCCGAUGGCGACGCAACAGAUCAUGAGCUGGAUGCAUAGCGGUGCUCCCACCCCCAGUGCUGGUGCAGCUCCCGCUAGUGCUCGCCCAGUUCCGGCAAAGGUUGUUGCCCCUAAACCUACGGCGGCGGGCAAGAAGAGCAAGAAGUAGGCUGGAGGCUGUAGUAGAGGGGAGUGACCGGAGAAGAAGAAGAAAAGACGAUUUAGGGGGUUUUGCAUUUUGGGUAGCGAAACCGGAUCA